AUGCCACGCACCCGCGGGGACAAGGGGACCCCCAAGGACACGGAGCCCCCUCAGAAGGGGAAAGGGGGGGGCGAGGCGGGGGAGAACCCCCCCAAAGCCCCCGAGGAGCCCCCCGCCCACAAGAAUUCCGGCUCCGAGUCCCGGCACGGCGGCCACGGGCAGAAGAGCGGGAAGAAGGGCUCGGGGGACCCCCACGCCGCGGCCACCAAGACCUACUCCCCCUUCCUCAACACCGUCUUCGGCAAGUUUGACAUGAACGGGGACGGGGAGAUCAGCACGGCCGAGAUGCGCGAGGCCAUCGCGGCCCUGCUGGGGGAGCAGCUCAAGGCGCAGGAGGUGGACGAGAUCCUGCAGGACGUGGACCUCAACGGGGACGGGCACGUGGACUUCGACGAGUUCGUCAUGAUGUUGUCCUCCCGGUAACGGGGCCUCCGGGCAG